AUGCCGUGUCACGAAGUAGCGCCGACCGUCAUGCGACAGUACCACGCUUACGAAGACGAUAGUUCGUCCGGCAAAACGUUCGACUCCGACUCUGACUCUACGGGAUCCGACGAUACGGCCACCAAGCAUUCGACCAAUGUGGUUCGGGCCUGCCACAGGGGAAAGUGGCUGAAGACCCUGCGGACGGUCAUCGACAUGAUGGACGGCGGUGGAAGUGGACGUCAGCCGCGACAGGUUAAGACCAUACUCAGACCACCGACCACGUACGUGUUCGUGAUCGGCAUGUCUGGACUACCGUCCAAGGUGGCCAUCUACCCGAGACGGAUGUGA